AUGAAAAACAAAGCAAUCUUAAAGAAAGAGAAAAAACCCAAAAGACAAAGCCGAAAUAAAAAAGGAAAAAUAAGUGUAAAAUUAAAAAGUGGGGAUAAUAGUUCAAGUGACGAAAGUGAUAUUUAUUUUUAUAAUGAUCUUCAAAGAUGGAAAAAUAAUAUAAAAGUUCCAAUAUGGUUAAAAAAACCAAAGGAUAGAGAAUCAUUAAGUGAAUAUUAUAAAAAUAUAAUAAGAAAAUUAUUAAGAGUAAAAAAUAAAAUAAGAGCAUAUAAAAUACAGGAAGCAUAUUUAAUAGAUUGCUUACACAAAUGUAUGAAAUAUUUAAAACUAAAUUCAUUGUCUAUGAAUUUUUUGGAUUAUGAAAUAUAUAAAAAUUUAAUUUACAAUGAUAUUGCUGAAAAUUUAUACGAUAACUUAAAUUAUUUUUAUGAGCAUAAUAAUAUUGAACAUGCAAAAAAUGGAUAUGAAAAAUUGUGUAAAGAAAAUUUAAAUGAUUGUAAAAAAACAUUAAACCUAGAUAUUAAGAAAGAUCUAUAUACUGAUAUAAAUAAUACCACUUCAAGUGAUCAAAUUAUUUUCCAAAAUAAUGAUAAUCCAAAUAAUUAUGAAGCGGAUAAAAAUGGAACUAUUAAUAUGAAUCGUGAUUAUAGCAAUUAUAAAAUAGAUAGAAAUACUAAAGGCGUUAAAAAUAUUUGUAAUAAAAAAACAGAUACGUUUACUAUGCCUGCAAAUGAUUUAUUACAAAAUGAAGGAUGUGAAGAUAAAGCAAGUGGAGAGCAACACACCAAAACCGAUCCAAAUGAGGCACUUAAUUUGAUAGAUUUGAUAAAUGCUCUAAAUAAUGAACUAUUAAAGAAGGAUAAAGAAAAAAAAAAUAAUGACAAACACGAUCUAAUGAAAAAGGCAUUCAAAAAGGUAAUAAUUCCAGGCUCUUUUUUUGAAAAUAAUAAUUUUUGUCCAAUAUUUAUGAAUUUGUUAAAACUGGAUAUAUACAAUGCCUGUUCAAAAAAUGGUAUAAACAUGUCUCAAAAGUUGGCAAGCCUUUUUAAAGCUAUUACCAAUUUUUAUGAACCCUCAUCAGAAUUAGGUAUAGAAACAGAAAAACAAAUACAAAAAGAAACACCUCAUAAUGAUGUGAAUAAAAAUGCAGAGAAAAUAGAGACGGUGGCCCCUGAAAUUGAAACUAGCAAAAAAAGCGAAGCCCAUACUACUAAUUCAUAUAGUAAGGACUUAAACUUUUUUAAAAAUCAAAAUUCAUUAUAUAAACUAUCACAGUAUUGUAUUGAAAAGGAAGUAGUAGUAGAUGAAAUGAUCAAUACAUUUGAUACGAUUUAUAUAUAUAAUGAGAAAGACGAUAUUAAUAAAUCAGGACAAAAAGAGAAUAGCAAUAGUAGUAGUGAUACCAAGCAUAUAUUAAAUAAGAAGGUUGUGCCAAAUAAAAAUCUCGAGCUUACUUUAAAUGUUUCAAAAAAAAAAAUAGAUACAGUACACUAUAUUGAAAGCAGGAAUUCACUUUUAUCAAAUGAAGAAUGUACCAAACUAAAAAAUAAUACAGAACAUGUUAAUAAUGAUGAUAUGGAUAAGGAAAAAUGGGACGAAAAAAAUAAACAACAAAUAAAAUACCAAGUGAAAGAGAAAAAUAUUUACAAUACAUUACAAGAACAAAAUAUAAGUGAUAAAGAAGUAUAUGAAAUAUCAAGUUCUUUUGGUGAAACGGAAGAAGUAACAAUAAAGGAAAAUAAAAUGUGUAACAUGAUUAAUGAGGAUGAUAAAUAUGGACAAAAUGAUAAUAUUAAUGAAUAUAAAGAUACACAAGAUGUUUUAAGGUGUGAAAAAAAUAUAUGUAUAUACAAUGAAAAAAUGCAGGAUAACGAAUAUGAUCAAGUACAUAUAAACAAAAGAAAAUUAGAGCAAACAUAUUUAUUUAAAGACCAAUAUAAUGACAAUAAUAAUGGACAUAUACAAGCAAUGGAAGAAGAACAAUGUUAUAAAAAAAAAAACAAAAUCGAAAAUAAUAACUUGAUAAAAUUUGAUGUACUAAAGAAUGAUUUUUUUAAAAACUUUGAAGAAUAUAAUAAUAUUGUAACUCCAAGUAUACAUUAUGAAAAAAUAAAUGAAAAAAAAGAUAAUAUGAUUCCAUAUAAUAUUGAUACACCUUCUAUUCUUAGUUUUAAUAAAAAUAAAGAAAAUGAUAAAAUGUAUUUAAAAAAAACAGAUCAUUUGUCAAACCAUGAAAAUGUAUGUAAUAUAAGUUUUCAUGAUGUUGAAUCAAAAAGUUUCUUAUCUUGUAACGAAGAAAAUAUGAGUGAAACGAUUCCUAACAAAACAAAUAGUAUAGAAAUGGAUGGAAAAAAUGAAAAUAAUAAAAGUAGUAAUACACCAAGCCCUAAUAGUCACAGUAACAAUAAUAAAGUUGGGUGUGAUUCCAUAAAGGGAAAGGAUGAAAAUUUUAGAAAAAUAAAAGAACCCGAUUCAGUUUUGAGCAGUAUAUCUUACAAAGAGAAUACCGAAAUAAAUGAAAAUAAUUUUUAUGAUAAAGAGAAUUCAGAUAUUAUAAUUUUAGAUGACUAUGAUGAAGCAAGGAUAGGCAAUACAAACAUAGAACAUAAUAAUGACAAAAAUAAAAAAAACAAUCUAAGAAAUAAGGAGAAUGAUAAAAUUAGUCAAAAGCAUGUUACACUGAAUAAUAUUAAAAAUUAUAACAUUCAUCAGGAAAGUAAAAUAAAUGAAUGUGACUUGAAUGCAUGGUUUGACAAUACUACACAUGAAUGUCAUACUUAUUAUAAUGAAGAAGAAAAGAAACGAAAAAAUCGACGGAAUUCAAAACAAACAAAUUUAUUAAAUAUGUCAAAUAUACCAAAUAAAGAAAAUGAAAAUGAAGUAUCAAUUUUAAACAUAAAUUUAGAUAAAGCCCAUGAUAGUGUACUUGAAGGUCUAAUGAAUUUUUUCGGUCUUAAAAGUAAGAGAUUACCGAGAAAAAUUUUAAUUAGUGAAUUAAAAAAAAUACAAACAUAUCUAUGUGAUGAAUAUAAUAAAUAUUCAAAGGAAAACAAUUUAGCACCGACUGACCCCAUAUGCACAGGUAGAAAUUACGACCACACUUGUAAUGGUCUGAACGGAUUUUCUAAAGGUGACGAUACAAUUUUUUCUACAAAUUUUGAGAGAGAACUAGAUAAACAUACGUACACAAUUAUAGAGGAUGAUAAUGUAAAAAUUGAAAGUUAUAUAAAACUAGACGAACUAAUAAAUAGUGAUAAAAAUAAACUUCAAGAAGAGUACAUAAAUAACAUGAAAAAUAAAAUAAAAUUAAUGGAAAUGGAGGAAAUGCAUGAAAGAAUUGAUGAAGCUAUAAAUGUAAAUGAAAGUAUAAAUAAUAUUAUACAAGAACAAAAAAAAAUUAAAUAUUCAGUACUAAAGAAAUAUCUAGUUGACUGUAAAUUGAAUGCUACUAAAGAUACUAUUGUUUCCUACUGUAAAAACAGGAACAUAGAGAUUAUCUUUAAAAGAGCCAGUGGCAUAAAUCCAACGUAA